AUGCCAUCACCUGUGAUUCACAAGGAUCAGAAUCGUGACAUGCGUGAUGAAACAGGCAGUGCUUCAGUUGGAAUGGAUAGUACUAGUAGCCCAGUCUUCAUUUGCACCACCGGUGUUGAUGAUUUUCCUGAAGACGACAAGUCAGAAGGACUGUUAACAUCUCAUGCAGCAAUGGAGGAGAGCCAAGAGACAAUCAGUGUUGGUGAAGACCAAUCAUUCACAUCUCCUGCCAUGGCAGGAAAAAGCCCUGGGGCCAUUCAUGUAACAACUAGUACACAAGAUGAAAAGGUAGCAUGUGUAUCUUGCAGAAAACUGCAAGCCAAGAUAAAAUCACUUGAACUAGAACAAUUAAAACGUAAGACACCACAACUGUCAAGGGUCAUUCAAACUCAUAAAUUCUCACAUACUCAUCUACAGAAGGACACUGAUAUAAAGUUCUACACUGGUCUUCCGAACCGAGAGACAUUUGAUAGAUUCUAUGAUUUGUUCGAGUAUGAUGCCAAGACACUGAGAUACUGGCAUGGCCCAGCUCAUUUAUGUGUGAAGGCAAAUAUAAAGAGAAAGUACAAAGUGACACCACAUCGUAGUAGUAAUAGACAUUUGACUGCAAAGGAUGAAUUCAUGCUCACGUUGAUGAGAUUGAGACUUGGUUCUUUGGAGAAGGAUUUGGCGGAUAGGUUUGAAGUAAGUGUGAGUGUGUGUUCUCGGAUUUUAGCGACAUGGUUAAGAUUUUUGGCCAAAACAUUUGAGAAGUUUAUAUUUGUUCCAUCCAAGGAUGUUUUCCAUGAAAAUCGCCCUACUGAAUUCACGUCAUUCCCAAAAGUACGACAUAUUAUAGAUUGUUCAGAAAUAUUUGUUGAAACCAGUGAUGACCCUGAGAUCCAAGCAGCUACGUGGUCCUCGUACAAGCACCACAACACUGCAAAGUUCCUUAUUAGUAUUACACCAAAUGGUCAUAUCCAAUAUCGGUCAAAAACUUGGGGUGGUAGGACCAGUGACUUGAGUAUCUCUAGACAUUCUGGUUUCUUGGAUAUUCUUGAGCCAUUUGAUGAAGUUAUGGCUGAUCGGGGCUUCCCCAUUCAAGAAGAACUUGCUUCUAAAUUGUGUCAGUUACAUGUUCCACCUGGCCUGAAAGGACAAGCCCAAUUGACCAAGGCAGAAGUUAAGAGAACCAAAGCCAUAGCCAAUACAAGGAUCUAUGUUGAACAGGCCAUACGGCGAAUCAAAUACUUCAGAAUUUUAAAGUAUGAAGUUCCAAUUACAGUUUUGCCACAAUUGGAUGACAUGCUAACUAUAUGUAUUGCCCUAAGCAACCUGCGCCCCGCUCUAUGUAACCCACCAGACCGUAAAAAGAAUGCAAAAAAACCCUAG